AUGGAUAGUUGUAAGAAAAAAUAUUGGGCCCUGGUAAAAUGGGUCGGAGGUGUCGAUGACAAAACUUAUACUGUUGGGAUAUAUACUCAACAUAUUAAAAAUUUUAAUUAUGAAGAAUUUACCAGUGAAGAAGAGGAUCCUGAAAAAAUUUACGUAAUUGAAUGGCAUGAUCAAUCUAAAGAACCACCUGGUGGUUGGAUAUGCUAUCAGGCGAGAGUAAUUGCGGUUUCAAAUUCUCGUAACGUUUUAAAUAAAAAAUUAAAAGCUCUAGACGGUAUUGUAUCACCGAAAACGAUAAAUACCCAAGAAACAGUACCAAUUAAUCGUAAGGAACCUCAAGCCCAUUGCAGUCAUUCAGUAGUCGAUCUAUUGACAGAAGAGGAUGAAGAAAAUCCGGAGGAAAAUACUUCUGUACGAAAAAAAAUUAGGUUUGAAAAUGAGAACACGAGUGAAAAUAACGACAGUUUAAUUGAUGUUAUUGAAGAUCAUAAGAAGGAUCAAAAUGAUGAUAAUUUAACUAUCAAAGUUGGGGAAAAGAACAGAAGUUCUGCUAGCAAAGAGACCGGAAAAAUUACACCAGUAAUUCAGAUCAAUGAAGAAGUUGGGCAUCAAUAUGUCACAAAAGAAGAUUUGAUGAAAGCCUUGCGAGAAAUUCAACAACAUCAGCAGCCUUCGACAUCUCAAGCUUUACAACCCAGACAGAAAACUAAGAACAGUCCUUCACUUGGUCUUCCUGGUAGUACAUCAAGUGGUCUUAAAAUGAAAGAAAUUGGUGAUCCAGGGAGCAACGUUUUCAUUAAUGAAGAACAAUAUUCUGCUGCUGAGUGCGCUGCGAUACCUUCAGCAAUGACAAAAAAUUUGUUAGUAUCUAUCUUUGGUUUAGAUAUUUUGUCCAAGAGCAAUUAUAAAGGCGGAGCACCCAAAACUACCAAAGAUGGAACAAAAGUUCAGCAUGAUCGUUUGGAUUUUGUGAAACUAAAUGCCAUUCAACAAUUUGUAACAAAACGUUUUAAAAAUUUUAAAAGCAGUGAUUUUGGAAGGGCUGUUAAUAAUAAAUGCAAUAAAGUCAGAUAUGAACUUCGCCAAUCUAAGAUUCCUGGAAAAGAGAAGAAAGACGAUGACAAUUCUGGUUCAAAAGACGAUGAUAAUUCUGGCAUGGACUAAAUCUUUCUUGCGGUCUCAAAAUAUUAAAAUUAUCAGUUCACUUUUUAAACGUUUAUUUUUUUAUGAUUAU